CCGCUUGAGACCGCUCGAGAGGAAGGCCACGUUUUCUUCAACAGCGAUAUUGAUCAAGUCUAGCAAGAAGACGGCGGCUGCGGCUAAUUUCAACGAUCCGGCUAUGUUACAUGGAGAAAGUGCGUUACCUCGAGUCGGAGCGAUCCCACCCGGGACUUAAGGUACCUUCGACUCGAGGUAACGCAUCUUUUCAAAGUAACGCGAAUCAUCAUUCGGGAGAUGUCCAACAUGGCCACGUACGAGGUCCCGGCAUGGGCUUUUCUGGUAGUCUCGUCGUGCAGCUUUCGCGUGUGCAGCGAAAGCUGCACGACGAGACGGCCAGGGAACCCACCAAGCUCGAGAUCGACGCCAAACGCCAAGAUGAUAACGAAAAUCUCAAGAGCAAAUUAGAGAAGAAAACAAAGGACGCAGAUAGCAGAAAAGAAAAUUGAUCGAUUAAAAGCAUUGUUCGGAAACAGGAACAUAUUGAUCGUGUAAUUCUUGUAGCUGCAGAGUAUCCUCUUGUGCUGUGUUCCGAUUCCCCACCCGAGUGCACCCGAUAUUAUAGUAUACGUGACAUAUACUAUAAUAUCGGGUGCACUCGGGUGGGGAAUCGGAACACAGCCCUGGAGGAGGACAGAUACUCUGCAGCUACAAGAAUUACGCGAUCAAUAUGAGGCGCAGAUGCUAAUCGAGAAGAGAUUGAACUUUUAUAUGAAAAUAAAAUGAACAACAUAGCAUAGCAUAGCAGUCGAAGAAUUAAGAUAAAUAACGCUCUAGAAUCAAAGCGGCCUACAAUGCACGAAUCAAGUUGAAUCAAGUAACUUGAUUCGUGCAUUAUAGGCCGCUUCGAUUCUAUUCUCGAUCUUCGUUUCCGUAAGUUACGAGCGAAAAGAUAUAAUGUAAAUAGAUGAUAUUAAUUAUGUUAAGAAUAUUUGUAGACUUAAGGGGAAGCAAUAAAUAUUUAUUCAUUUAUUCAAA